CUGAGCCAACUCACAUCUGUAUUUGGAGCUACAAUUUAACACUAACAUCUGCAGUUUUCAGUGAAGAAAGAGGGAGACUAUUUCUAUUCAAUGAGAACGAUACCUGUGACGCGGACCAUAACGCAUCUCGGGCGCAUCCAUUGUGGAACAUACAGAGAAUCCCAUGAUCAAGUGAAGUUCUGUAUGGAACUCUUAUCAUAGCCUGUCUAUCUGGAAGUUUUUCAGAAAACUUUGGCUGCAUAUUUUUAAUUAAAAUUAAGAUUGCGCAAGUAUGCCAGUGUAUGUAAGAGAGGAAUCCAGAGAAAUAUUUCUAAGGAAUAAAGUGCAAUUGCAUUUAGAUUGUUUUGGUCUUAUAAGGUUGAUAUUUGUCUGCUCACACACACGUCCAUGAUUGGGAAGGUUGUCGGAGUCGGUGAAGAUGGAAAAAUGUGGAAGAGGCAGGAAGUGUCAACUGCCAAAUAUCACCUGAGGAACUGGAAGAUGAUGCUGUGGGUGGUAGCCUCUCUGCUGACCCUGAUAGAGGGGGUGUUCUCUGAGGAGGACCCAAAGGAGGCCCACACUGAGCAGCUCCGAGCCCAGGAGAGGACCACCACCGCUGGGACCUGGCUCCCAGACCACUACCCAGAGGUCCACGAGCUGGAAGAGAAGAGGGGCGGCCAUGGCCAGGCCUCCUGGCCUAGUCUUUUCGAGAACCCAGGUCUUGAGGGCGACGGAGAGGGCUAUCCGAGCAGGUGGCAACGCUCACCUCCAGACCCUGACCCAGACCCCGAACCCUCCCGUAGAGGCUCUCGCAAGAAAAGCAAAAAGCCCAAGAACAGCAGCCGGGACUGCCGCAUGGAGAAGAAGGAGAUGCGUGUCAGAGACCUGGGCCUAGGCUUUGACUCGGAUGAGAUCAUCCUGUUUAAGUACUGUGUGGGGACGUGCUCGAGCUCCCGUAAGAACUACGACCUGGCCCUUAAGGCCCUGAUGGAGAACGAGAGUAUCCCCAGCAGGAAGGUGAGCGCCCACCCCUGCUGCCGGCCAACCCGCUACGAGACUGUCUCCUUCAUGGAUGCCCAGACUAUAUGGCAGACCAUCAAGUGGCUGUCAGCGGCUAACUGUAGCUGUGUGGGGUGACGGCCAGGGAGUAAAAGGAAGUCUACCUGCAGAACACACAUGCAUAAAGAAACUCCAGGGUGAAGAGAGGAAGUGGCUAAGAUGCCUUCACUGUGGGCGUGUUGGGCAUAAAUGGUGGAUCAGAGUCUGGACCGAAGCCUUGGCCCAACGGCUGGGUUUCAACCUGACGCGGAUCCACUUUGGAUUAACCAGUCUUCUCGGGUAGGGAAAGCACGGAUGCAAGAUAGAGAUACAUCCUAUCAAAUCCCUAUGUUUAACAGAGGAGUUACAUCCUCGGUCAGAACCCCGGAUUCACGGCUCUGGAGACUGGUGAGGAAUGGAGUUCCUGGGCAGGGACUGGGGUGGUUAGGACUGGGGUGGUUAGGACUGAGGUGGUUAGGACUGGUUGUCUCCCUCCCUGUGCUGACAGCAAGGUGCUCAAAAAAGAGGAGAUGGUGAAGCAAAAGCCUUGGACCAUUGGACCUUAACUCUGAACCAGAAGAGGAGCAUUUUGGGUUACAUGGCACCUGACCGUAAAGAGGGCAAACAGUUUGAAGAACAAAUACUUGUGAAGAAAUAUUAAGAAGUUAAGUUUUUUGGUUUCGAAGGCUCUCCAAUAAGACCAAAAUAACUAUGAGAUGUAAUGCAUUUUUAUGUUUCCUUCUUCAAUGGCAGCUCAUCCACAUAGGGAUUGGUCAUAGCAAGGUAGCUUUGAGCCAACCGUAGUACAUCUCCCAUCUCCAAGUGUUUCAUCAUGGCAUUCAGUUGAUUCCUAUCACUAAGCACACAUCUACUCUUACUUUAGUAACUCAUGCAUGCUUUGAGAACAAUACCAAAACGGUAUCAACUGUACCUACUUAGAUUAUCUGUAAAGUCUAGCAGAAUCUGAAGCACUUGUUUGUAGCUUGGCCCAACUUGUUUACUGUACAUGUCUAUAAACAGUGUGUUGUAGGAUGCCAUCACAGGGCCAAGGUCAGUCAUGGCCCAGCCAUACCUCAUGCUGCCUGACACACAGCUUUCAUCACAUGGUUUAUUUUCAGCUCUGAACGUGGCACUUCACCGCUGUCAAUUUAACUUUUUGGAUUACAAAGAUAAUUGAGCAUAUUGACAACUGUUAUUCAGAAUGUGCUUAUCAUACUUUGUACCAUGAUAGUAUACUGUAAAUAUCUCAUAUUGCAUAAUUUAUCUAUGUUAUGUUUCUUAUGGACAAACCGAACUCUUCAUUGACACCACUCUGUUGCAUCUGUGUUGAAGGAACAUUUGAGUGGACCCCAUAUGUCCAUAAUGUAUUCUGAUUGGCUGCCUCUCCACACCUGACCAUUGAAAUGGAGACAUACAGCAGAGAGAAUAAGACAUAAUGUACUGUAGAUACAGUGUAUAAAAACAAGGGGAAAGUUUACGAACUAAUGUAUCCCACAUAUUGCAUUCUAGUAUAUUUAUGUAUUUAUAAAGUAUUGUAUAAACUGUAGCUCCCUUUCUGUGUUCUUUAGAUUGUUGAUGGUUAAGCGACAGUGUAGGUGUUGAGAAACAUAUAUUCAUAUCAAGUGGUGUUAAGAAAAUAAAAGUGAAGCAUUAUUUUUGUUCAACUGUUGGAGUUUGUACAGUAGAUUUUCAUAAAGAAAUGUUCAUCUGUUUGUAGUAGGCUAUGUACAUUGUGUACAUUGUGCCUAGUUCUCAGGAUCAUGCUGUUAUGUUUUACAUUCGCUGAAAGACAUAUCUCCUCAAUCUCUUUUAUAGUUAGAUAUCAUCUGGAGAACUAUUGUUUAUUAUAGAAAUGUUAUGAUCAAUCUUUCAAGAAGUGUUUGUAUUCACAAUAAUCAACCAUCAAGAGUCUAUUGAAAGAUGUAUCCAUACAUUGUUAUUAUAUCCAUGAUGUCAUUCAUUGUCUCAAUCUGUGUUUCCUACCCAGAUCCCACCACCAAUGGUAGGCCUACUAAAGUUGAACCAAAACAUGUACUGAGAUUUUAACCAUGUGCUUCAACCGUAACACAUACAGAGAUUUUGUGUUUGCUAGUUGUUCACAGAAAUAUGUUUAGGGACUGGCAAAGUGUAAACACAGAUGAUAACUGGUCUUUAUUCUGCCUUCAGUAUAUGUACGGUUUGUGGUUAUAUUAAGCUGCAGCAUCUGGUGUGCAUUUAAUCUGCAAACAUGGGGCCUUCACCCAUUGUUUAGGUCCAAACUUAACUUCCCUGUUAGAUGCCAUGCAUCUCAUCAUCGCCGAAUUGUACAUUAGGGAAAGUAUUUAUUACAUUUCAAUUAUUUAUUUAUUGUAAUUUUAUGUGAUACACUUGUUGUUACAAAUAUCAGAUGUUUAUAAUUUAUGAAGUGGCCAUGUAUGCUUUAUUUUCUUUUACUAUUGUCUUCUCUGUGGAAAGAGCAAGAAUGUUUCCAAGCAACAAGUCUCUGCCCCCCC